GGAUUUGAUCAUUUCCGGUAAGGAAGUAGUCCGAUCAAAACAGACGAUAGCUAGGCGUUGAAAUAUUGUAAAAUGUUCAAUGACUGUCACUCUAUCUGAAGCCUGAAACUUUCACAGUUACUUAUCACCAACCUGUGUAUCCAUGGAGACGCCAGAGCCGGGCCCAGCUGAUGGAGAAGAGCACGUGGUGGAGCUACGACCUCGGACACGCUCCAACCCAGAAGGUGCUGAGGACCGUCGCAGCAGCACAGGCAGCCUGGGAGGAAACAAUAACCCCAACAUACCUCAGCCCGCUGUGGGGAGUCGAGUUGAGGGCGAGGGCGAGGCUUCAACAAGCGACAGUCCUCCCAGUUCCACCACCACGACCGUGUCAGCUGCUAUAGCUCAGACUGCAGCUCCUGUUGCAGUUUCAGUAGCAGCAGCAGCAGUGGCUGCAGCUGGUGCCACAGUGCCUCUGUCCACAGCUGCUGUGACUGCUAAAGAGAGGCCGAAGCCCACACUGCAUCAGCCCACAUUGACGACCCCCAUCCCUCCCCCAGCAGAGUACCAGCUCAAAGUUCCCCGUGUCAACUGUCCAGAGAAAGUGAUCAUCUGCUUAGACCUUUCGGAGGAGAUGUCUCUGCCAAAGUUGGAGUCUUUUAAUGGGUCUAAAACAAAUGCCCUGAACAUAUCCCAGAAGAUGAUAGAGAUGUUUGUCCGAACUAAACACAAGAUCGAUAAACGCCAUGAGUUUGCUCUGGUAGUGGUGAAUGAUGACGCUCUGUGGCUGUCAGGCUUCACCUCGGACCCCAGAGAGCUGUGCAGCUGUCUGUACGACCUUGACACCAAUGUGUGCGAGUCCUUCAACCUUGAAGAUCUUCUUAAUGUAAUACGUCAGAAGAUCGAGUUGCCAUCGAUGGACAAUGUUCAGACCGUCCCUCCUCCUUACGUGGUGCGGACUGUGCUCAUCUACAGUCGUCAUGCAGGACAGCUACAGUUUAACCCAUCGGAGGCUGUAAGUAAAAUGCUGCUGUCUCCAUAUUUUUUCUUUGAUGUGGUGUACCUCCACAACGGGGUGGACGAGCAGGGGGAUGAGACCAGCUGGAAGGACAACUACACCUCCUUCUGCAACCUGGACUCAAAGGGAAUGUGCUAUCGCUUCGAGGUUUCCCUGAGUGGACCCGCCAUCGAGCUGCACAACUGCAUGGCCAAACUUCUGGCUCACCCUCUACAAAGGCCUUUCCAGAGCCACGCGUCUUACAGCCUGCUGGAGGGGGAAGACCCCCAGGACAUUGAGGCAACGGUCUAAAACUGAACACACUAACGCCCUGUUUCUGUGUAAAAUUCACACACUGUAGUUCAUAAGAAUUGGGUAUCUUUACUGAGGUUUUUUUUCCUUCACUGCUGUGGAGCAAUGAUUUGUAAGAAUAUUUGGGAAGCUAGGUGUAUUUAUACAGAAACAAAAGGGUGGCAGCAGGAUACUAUAAACACAAUUGUGGUGUGUUCGUAUAAGAAUCAAUGAGUUAUUCAUUGUUUUAAGCUGGAGAAGUAUCAAAAUGAUUCGGUUGGUGGCUUUUGAACUGCUGGAGGUCUCCUGAAGAUGACAGGAUGAAGAAAAUGUCAGAGAGUCCAGGAGCAGGACCCCAAGUAGAAGAAGAAAAUAAAAAUGAAGAUGGUUUAAUCAUCUGGCUUUAUUAAACUCCUUUACCAUUAGAUUUUUCUUUUGUCAAACCACACUGAUAUGUCUGUAAGUCUUAAAGAGUGAAAUCAGUGCGAGCCUGUGCCAGUUCUUCAUAGCUGGACUUUUUGGACGAACUGUAACAGGAUGUACUGUAUCACAGAUCACAACUUCUGUAACAUUGCCUUCCCUUUUUAUUUGUUAAUUUCCACGUUUGAAGCUUGUCUUUAUGUAUUUUCUAUUUUAUACAGGGUUGUUGUUAAUCUUAAGUUGAUUUGUCACAAAGAAAAUUAGCGAAUGUUGAAGCAGCUCCUCUUCUGACAGUUAUCUCUUUGGCAUUGAUGGACUGAUUAAAAAAAAGGCCCCCAAUAAUGUCUAGCAGCUGCAUGUGAAACACAUUGUACAGAUAAGCCCUUUAUGGAUAUUAAAAGAUGGCAUGUUGAAUCAUGUCUCAUCUUCA